GCCAAAACGCGGGCUUGAUUGGUUAGGUGACCGACACGCGUAAAUUAUUUGAGCAGCGUGUCACGGAAACCACAACCCUUCCCUCAACACACCCUGUUCGUGCCUGCGAUCCAUACAUCUCACUACAACAUAACGCGACUCUCACCUUCUCCUUCUCACACACUCUCUCUUUUCAGCACACCACCAUCCAUACCUGCCAUGUCCAGUCGUCGCAAAGCAAACGCAAAAGUCGGCUUCGCGGAGCUCCGCCGAUUGCGCGAAGAAGGUAAGACGCGCCUGUCCACGUACGAGGUCGAGGAGGGCGAAAAGCUAUACGAAGAAGUCGACGAGGACGAAUACAAAAAGGUCGUGCGGAAACGGCUGGACGAGGAUGAUUUCGUUGUCGACGAUGGCGGCGAGGGGUAUGUCGACAAUGGCAUGGACGAUUGGGGGGAUGAGGGGAGGUACUAUUCUGACGAGGAAGGGGAGGAGGGUGAUGAGAAGUUGUCGAAGAAGGAAUUGAAGAGGAAGAGGGAGGAGGAGAAGGAACGACGGGAUCGGCAGGAGGGUGCCAUUACGAAAUACUUUCAUAAGUCUGGUGCCGCCUCGGCGAAGCCGAAGACCGUGAAGGCUACCGUACAGGACCAGGAGUUCUUGGAGGAUAUUUUGGGGGAGUUCGAUACCAGCGCGGGAAGGACGGGGCAACCGAUGAAGAAGGUUAAGACGGAGCUGGCGUCUUCGAGGAAGGUGCGGAAGUUGUCGCCGCCGAGGAAGGGGGCGAAGAGGUUCGCUAUGGCGGAUUUGGCGGCGGCAAUGCGAAGUUCCCCUCCGCUCGCCGCUGAUGUGGAUAACGAAUCGGAUUAUGGCGACGAUAUCACGUUCCCACUCACCGGAGGCGACGACGAUAUCUCGAUGAGCGAUGCGCCGGUCGCCCCGUCCUCACCCGCCGCGAAAGCCGCCCUAAGAAAGGCCCCAGACAAUCAGAACUUCGAAGACGAUGCCGACGACGACGAUGAGUUCUUGGUGGCUGAAAUCAAAGGCAAUAAGAAUAUACGUACCUCAAAAGUCAACAUCACUUCCUCUCGCCCCACGAAGCCUGCACUAGCUUCUACCAGCAUGCCCAAGAAAGCCGCCCAAAUAAUGGAUUCUUCAGCAUGGACAGAUGUCAGCGGAGGGUUGAAUGUCGUUCCGAGCUCGCCUGCCACGGACAGAGUGUCGGUUGGCAAGACGUCGUUACAAGACGCCGUCGAACCAGACGGGAGUAUUCGGAUGUUCUGGAUGGAUUACACCGAGGCUGCUGGAAAUCUGAUUCUCUUCGGAAAGGUGAAGGAUAAUCGUACUGGGAAAUACGUGAGUACAUUUUUGAAGGUUGAGGGAAUUAUGAGGAAUUUGUUCUUUUUGCCACGGGAACACAAGAUGCGCAAAAAGGUGGAAACAGACGAAGAGGUCCAGAUUGAGGACGUGCACCAGGAAAUCAGCGAUUUGAUGGAGAGGAACAGGAUCACUGGGUUCAAGUCGAAGCCUACCUCGAGAAAGUAUGCUUUUGAGCUGUCGAAUAUUCCCCGAGAAGGCGACUAUUUGAAAGUUCUGUACCCGUACACGAAGGACCCUUUGCCCAUGGAGUUGCAAGGCGAGACUUUUUCGACCGUUUUCGGAACGCACACUGCUCUAUUCGAGCAAUUUGUGCUCUGCAGGAACGUUAUGGGUCCGUGCUGGCUCAAAAUCGAUGGUGCUAGCUCAUCUAGUGUUCAAAAUGCAUCAUGGUGCAAACUUGAGAUGAGAGUCGAUAAACCACAACAGAUCACUCCCAUUGGAGAUGCCGACUCAUCGGAGGCGCCGCCCUUGACACUCAUGAGCAUUGCCCUACGAACGGUCCACAAUGUCAAACUCAACAAACAAGAGAUCAUUGCCAUCAGUGCCAGAAUCUACGAGAAUGUAUCUCUUGCCGAUGCCACCACAGAUAUCGAGAAGAUGCCACAUCAAGUAUUUACCGUUGCAAGACCGGUUGAAUCUCUCUUCCCAGCGGGAUUUGAAAAGCUUGCAGAGCAGCAUCCCGGAAACUUGAAGCUCGAGAAAACCGAAAACCUGCUUCUCUCGUCGUUCCUGGCAAAGCUGCAACAGGUAGAUCCGGACGUCUGCAUGGGACAUUCAUUGGACAAUGUGGACUGGCCUGUACUCCUGCAUAGGUUAAAGGACAAGAAUGUUCCACUCUGGAGCAGGGUGGGGCGCCUGAAGAGAUCUGCGUGGCCUAAAGGUGGAAAUUUUGCGGGCAGCUUCUUUAUGGAGCGUCAGAUGGCGGCUGGACGGUUGCUCUGUGAUCUCGCGAACGAUCUGGGGAAAUCGCUGAUGACCAAGUGCCAGUCGUGGAGCUUGACAGAAAUGUGCGAGCUUAUUCUUGGGAAGAAGCGGCAGGAACUCGACAAUGACGAGGCUCUCAAGAGUUGGGCUAGCACGGCGAAGGGAUACCUGGAUUACUUGACCCACUGCGAGGUCGACACACACUUCAUUGCAGCGGUCGCCCUCAAGAUUCAGAUGUUGCCUCUCACCAAGAUUUUGACCAACCUUGCUGGUAAUUCUUGGGCCAGGACGUUGAGUGGUACUAGAGCAGAACGGAAUGAAUAUAUUCUGCUUCACGAGUUCUACCGGAAUAAGUACAUCUGUCCGGAUAAAUUAUCUGGAAAACAGCUCGAUGCCAUGCGCAAAGCCGAAGAGGAAAACCCCGACGAUGACGACGAUGCCGCGGCUGGGGGCAAGAAGAAGGAUAAGUUCAAGGGUGGUCUUGUGUUUGAUCCCGAGAAAGGUCUAUACGACAAGCACAUCGUGGUUAUGGACUUCAAUUCUCUUUACCCUAGUAUCAUCCAGGAGUAUAACAUCUGCUUCACAACUGUGGAUAGGAGUUCUUCGGAUAGGGAUAAAGUCCCAGAUGUCCCAGAGGAACAAACUCUCGGAGUUCUUCCUCGCUUGAUUUCGAAAUUGGUCCAGAGGCGACGGCAAGUGAAGGGACUGAUGAAGGACAAGAACGCCACGUCUGUGCAAAAGACGCAAUGGGACAUCAAGCAACAAGCUCUGAAGCUCACCGCCAAUUCUAUGUACGGUUGUCUGGGUUAUACGCGAUCGAGAUUCUACGCCCGGCCGCUAGCCAUGCUCACCACCUUCAAAGGCCGUGAGAUUCUGCAGAGCACAAAGAAUCUAGCCGAGUCGAUGUCGCUGCAGGUUAUCUACGGUGACACCGAUUCUGUCAUGAUCAAUACACUUGCCGAUAACUACGCGGAUGCAAUCAAGAUCGGUAAUGACUUCAAGAAACAGGUCAAUGAGCGCUACCGGCUGCUCGAGAUCGAUAUCGAUAACGUAUUCCAACGGUUGCUAUUACAUGCUAAAAAGAAGUACGCGGCAAUAAACUGUAUCCUGAUCAACGGAAAAUUGGACGUGAAGAUGGAGGUCAAGGGGUUGGAUAUGAGGCGAAGGGAGUACUGCCAGCUAUCGAAGGAGGCGUCCUCGAACAUCCUCAACGAAGUCUUUACGGGCGAAGAUACCGAGGUUGUAGUGGAAAAAAUACACGAUUACCUCCGAGACUUCGCCGAGAAGAUGCGGGCUGGUCAGUUUCCUCUGGUCAAGUAUACUAUCUAUACCCGGCUCGGAAAGGACCCGAAGGACUAUCCAAACGGCCAAACAAUGCCGCAAGUUCAGGUCGCCCUGAAGAAACGCGCCCGCGGUGAUGUUGUCAAGUCGGGCGAUGUCAUCUCCUAUAUCGUCACAGGCGACGGCGAUUCCCACGCAGCCGAGCGAGCGCAUGCCACACAGGACGUGAUCAAGCCCGACUCCGGCCUCAAGCCCGACGCAGAAUGGUACCUCGCCAAACAAAUCUUCCCACCAAUCGAGCGGUUAUGCGCACCAAUCGAAGGCACCGACUCCCUGCGGCUCGCCGAAUGUCUCGGCCUCGACCUCCGCAAAUAUCAGCUUUCAACCACCGCCCGCCAGGAAGACCGCGAGAUCCACCCACUCGAGUCCACAAUCCCGGACGAAGAGCGCUUCAAAGAAACCACCAAACUCUCGCUCCGUUGCCGCCACUGCAAACAGUCCUUCGACUUCGCCGGCCUCUCGCAGUGCAAUCCGCACGGGAUCGUCUGUGCCAACCCCACUUGCGGCAAAACUCUCGCCAUCCCCUCCGUCGUUGCGCAGAUAGAACAGCAGAUCCGCUCGGCGGUGGCCAAAUACUACGAUGCAUGGCUGGUCUGCGACCUCUGCGGAAAUCGCACGCGGCAGAUGAGUGUAUACGGCAAAUGUUGUCUCGGCCCACAUGGUCUGGCAAAAGGGUGUAAGGAAGGGAAGAUGGCGUACGAGUAUACGGACAAAAUGCUGUACAACCAGCUGCUGUACUUCCGUAGUUUGUUUGAUGUCGAUAAGGCGAAGACUAAAGCCAAGGGUGCUGAUAAAGAUACGAUCAACACACUGGCUAUACAGAAUCAGCAGCGUUUUGCGAUCGUUGGGGGGUGCGUCGGGAAGUAUCUGGACAAGUGUGGUCGCCAGUGGGUUAGCAUGCAGAACAUUUUUGGGUUUGCGGCUGUGACGGUGUAGGGUCUGGAGUUUUGGCAUUAGAUGGAUGGAACAGAUGAUUCCCUGGUUUGAUUUUGGGGGUUUCUUGCUUAAGGCGGACGUGUAAUUGCAUGUAUGAAUGAAUGAUGAACGGGGGGUUUUGGAUCAUGUGCAGUCACUCAAGUUUCAAAGGACAACGAAAAAAACCUUUUUUUAUUCCGCCUACAAUAUGCCCCUCCCCAACAUACACGAGCACCCAAUCCAAACCCGCAUGCAAGAAGAAAGAGAAAAAAAGAAUACCGAAAGAGAAGAAAAAUGGACGGAAAAAAAAACCAGACGGUAAGAA